AUGCAUGCUAAACACAAGCAGACUGGAAAUGAUCAUUAUAAUAACAUUUGUUUGCAAAAAAUCAACAGUAACCAAAGCGAUGUCGGCAAAAGCCUGCUUGAGUUUUUGACUGUUGCCUUCAAUGAAGACAGCAGCCGAUGGGCAUCUGUGAAGUUUGUGGAACGUUGGCUGUUGGAGGAACUUGAGAAGCUUAGCUGA